ACAAUGUCUGCCCCAGAAACCGCUACUAAAUUCGCACCUACCCAAUCUUCCUCCGUCCUCGGUGGACAGAUCGCUGCUCCUCCUGCGGCUUUGAAGCUGCGCCUUGACCUCAACCUCGAGGUUGAGAUUGCCAUCCAGGCUAAGGUCAACGGUGACAUCACCCUCUCUCUCCUGUAA